AUGCCGACCAUCCUUCCAGCCUGGCCACAUGUUCUCUUCGGCGUCCUUGAGCCUCUUUCCUUGGUCCUUGGAAGCCUCGCCCCACUGUACGACCUACAGGGCUUUAUCGCCGGUCAAACGCCCCAAGCUGAACCUCCCACCGCCCAUCCCAGCAGCCUCGCGUUAGCCUACCAACUCGGCAACCUAUACUCCCUCCUGUUCCUCAUCGGUGUUGCCGUGUUGCAUACGACCACGGAGCCCAAAGUGCUGCGCAACUACCUGAUUGCGCUGGCCAUUGCCGAUGUGGGUCAUGUCUACGCCACCUAUCUGGGGAUGGGCUGGAAUGCAUUUGUGGAUGUUGGCGCGUGGAACGCUCUGACUUGGGGCAACAUCGGCGCGACCGCCUUUUUGUUCUUCAAUCGCGUCGCGUAUCUUUUGGGUAUCUUCGGGACUGCAAAAGCGCCCAAGGUUCUAGGUAAAAGAGAAUAA